UACACAGGAAGGAAGGAUUACAUUCAUUUGCUGCAUUUAGUGCUACAAGUGCCAAAGGGCACUGCUUCACCAGAAAUCAUCCUUCAGUGUUUAUUUUUUUGUAGCUAUCUUCAAACCAUGAAGCUUUCUGUAGUUUUCAAAUCCUUGCGUAGCUAUCCCGCUCUUCGUGUGGUUACUGGCUCUCUACAGUCUCGUGCAUUUCAGCCUGAUUUCAUUCCCAGGGAUCCCAAAUCAAAGCCCGUAAGACACAAGUAUCCAGCUUUCUAUGAUCCUUAUGGCCCUAGACCCCCACCUUCAGAUAAGAUCAUUCGGCUUGCAGAGCAGAUUGCAGCCCUGUCUCCGAAAGAGCGUAAUUUUAUUGGUCCCACGCUUAGAGACAGACUAAGGCAUCCUAAGAUUCAACCAGUUUUAGUGGAGGGCAUGGACUUGGGUCCUGAUGGAGGGUCUGGUGCUGGGUCUUCAAAGGCUGAGAAGAAAAAGGUCGAAAAAAUUGCAUUUGAUGUCAAGUUAGUAAAGUUUGAUGCUGUUGCAAAAAUUAAGGUGAUCAAAGAGGUUCGUGCUUUCACAAAUUUGGGGUUGAAGGAAGCCAAAGAUUUAGUUGAGAAAGUACCAGUUUUAAUUAAGCAAGGUAUCACUAAAGAAGAGGCAAAUGAUAUUAUAGAGAAGAUCAAGGCUGUAGGGGGAGUUGCUGUUAUGGAGUAGAUUUUCAUCGAGUUUUGUAUGCUUUCUUUGAACUGUUAUCAAAGUUCUAUUGCCAAUUUUUCGCUCUGAUAGAGAAACA